AUGAUGAACCACGCUCGAGUCAAGGCCCUCAAGGGCAACGGCAAAACCGUCUCCAAGAAGGCUAUCAAGUCCGGUCGUGCAUCCGGAAGCAACACGCCGCGGGGCUCUCCUCUGCCUUCCCUAUUGGCAUCGCCCACCAAUUCUGCCGCCCACAGUCGCGUCACAUCCGAUGUCAGCGACGAUGAUGGCGAUUUUGAAUUGGACGACAUGGCGUCAAGCGUUUACUCCGGCGGAUCCCACGACGACACACCCGAAGAGCCCGACGCUCUCGUUUUCGAUACAAGGGCUCUCAUAGAAGGCCUUCGAGAUCGAAAACACAACAACGGCGAGAUGCGAGAAUAUUUCCUCAGCGUUUACAUCAAAACGAUUCGAAACCAUUAUACCGCUGAUACCCACCUCUGGCUAGACGAUGCCUCGGGUGAGCUGGCAGAGCUUUUCCUUCACGAUUCAAAUCGUGCUGCUACCGCCAAGGAACGACUACUAAGCCUGCACGCCUACUGCCUCACAAUCGGAACGGUCGGGUCCCUGGAGAUUUUUGAUGGCGCACAAAAGAUUCUCAAACAGAUAAUGACAGACGAUGAUGACGAUGAUUGUCGUGUCUAUGCGAUAUAUGCACUUUGUCUUACAGUGCUCUAUGCUGGCGGCCUAGAGGAGGCUGCUCUGGAAAUCAUGGAGUUCCUUGUCGAGAUUGUACGGACCGACGGAGAGCACAUCGAGGCCCAUGACAAUGCCGUAAUCGUCGCAGCCGCUCUCCAAGGAUGGUGCUAUGUUGCCAGCCAUGUGGCGGACUUUUCCGACUUUGCCGAUAUGGCCAUGGAUGCGUUUGUGGAUCAGCUUGAUAGUGAUGAUGUGGAGAUUCAGUCCAAUGCCGGUGGCUGCAUUGCCCUCAUUUUUGAGGCGUCGCGGAACCACGUUGAAGAAACAGGCGAGCCGUUCCAGCUCCAGUAUGAUCCGCAAAGGUUGGCUGGCCGCAUGGGUGAACUAGCCAAGCUCAGUGCCAAAUCGGUAUCGAGAAAGCACCGUCGGAGUCUGCGAGAAAAUCUGAUGAGCGUCGUGACCUCUCUCGAGAGGGGUGUUGGCCCUUUUUACUCUACCGCCCUCUACAUUCCCGAAAAGGAGUACGGUUAUCGAUGCAAGCUGAGGUUGGGUAACCACGUGGCCAAGAUUGAUACUUGGUCUCUCUACUUCAGAACAAGCCUUAUGAGGAUUAUCUUCAAGGGCGGACUUCAAAAUCACGUCUUCAUCAACCCGGUUGUAAUAGAAUGCUUGGAGGAUGCACAAUUCAUACAAGACUACUCACCACUCCAGAAACCGUCAAAAGGCCGGAAGAGGUAG